GCGGUAUGGUUAUUGAAAUGGCGAUGAAGAAUUUGUUCCUAGCAAUUACUCUGAUUAUUGUAGCGCAUAAUUGCAGUUCACUAGUAGUGGACGUUGGAGAUGCGCUCGUAUUGGAGGAUUCUCUCACUGCAAAUCAGACAAUAAUCUCAAAGAAUGGCACUUUUGCAUUGGGAAUUUUUAGUCCGAGAGGAAUGAAUUAUUGUUAUAUUGGCAUCUGGUAUGCACAGAUCCCUGAGAAGACCCUAGUUUGGGUCGCUAACAGAGACAAUCCUGUCAAAAUGAUGCCCGCCGUUCUGAAAUUUUCGAGAGAUGGUCGUCUGAGAUUGUUUUAUGGGAAGGGCAUGUCUGUUUGGUCAACUGAUAAUGGUCUGAAAGGAUCGCGAGCAGUGAUGAUGGAUAGUGGCAAUUUCAUUAUGCUGGAUGGCCACAAGUCUGAGAUUGUUUGGGAGAGUUUCGCCCAUCCGACAGAUACAUGGUUGCCUGGCAUGAAGUUGUGGAAAGGUAUGAAGGGAGCUUCGUGGAAGAGUUCUGUGGAUCCUGCAAGUGGGCUCUUCUCUAUAGCAAUGGACAUGUCUCCAGGAAAGACACAGUUGGUGAUGGUCUAUAACAACAGUGCUCCAUAUUGGUCCACUGGAGAGUGGAUUGGGAAUUAUUUUACCAAAAUUCCGGAGGUGUAUGCUCCUAGGAGAUUCCAAAUGUCCUGCGUGAGGGUUUCUCCUGCAAGAAUAUACUUCACUUUUAAUGUAAUCCAGGCAGAUCAUGCCCUCACGGGGCGGAUCCUGGUAAACGAGAAUGGUGAGUUAAAGCUUUACUACUGGAUGGAUGAUGGUACAUGGAGUCAAGGAUGGUCGUCAUUCCAAGGUCAGUGCAAUGACUAUGAUAUCUGCGGAGCCUAUGGACUCUGCAAUGCCGAUGAUGUGUGUACUUGUGUUGACGAUUUUACACCCAACAAGCAUGACACUCAAAGUUGGUGGUCAAAUGGGUGUGCUCGGCGAAGACCCCUGCAAUGCUCUGUCACAGAAGGCACAACCGACGGCUUCUUGGAAGCCAAGAACCAAUACUUGUCCGAAGAAGGAGCUGUCAUAUACAACGAACCAACACAGAGAGGCUGCAGGACUGCUUGUCUAAACAAUUGCUCCUGCACAGCCUUUGCUUUUGUUAUUUCUUAUCCACCACUCUGUAGACUCUGGUUUGGGGAUUUAUUCAAAAUGCGAGUUUCAUCUGAGAACCAAUCCAUCUUCAUUAGACUGGCUGCCUCUGAGUUAGGGCACUCGAUUUCACACGGAAGCAGCAAACCGUCCCCUCCUCUUCGUAGUUUUCUUCCUGGGACUAUUGCUUCUGUAUCUGUUGUUUUUGCUUUUCUGUUGGUUGGAUUUCUUCUGUGGAAACGUUGGAGACAUGCCAAGAAAAGCAAGGAAGAUGAUGUGCCGACUUCACUCAGAACAUUCACUUACAAAGAAUUGCGAGUUGCAACCCAGAAUUUCAAGCACAAGCUUGGGAGCGGAGCAUUCGGCUCUGUGUUCAAAGGAACUCUGCAAGACAACAUGCUCGUGGCAGUAAAGAGAUUAGAGGGUUCUACACAAGUAGAAAAGCAAUUCCGUGCGGAAAUAAGCACCAUCGGAAGAAUACAUCAUGUGAAUUUGGUGAGGCUCUUGGGAUUCUGCGUACAAGGCUCUCAAAGGCUUCUGGUGUAUGCCUACAUGCCCAAUGGCUCUCUAAACUCCGCUCUCUUUACAAAAGAUGAAGAAGUAGAGAAGGUGUUGGAUUGGAAGACUCGGUUUGAGAUCGCAUUGGGCAUUGCUCGAGGAUUACUUUAUCUCCAUGAGGAAUGCAGAGAUCGCAUCAUCCACUGCGAUAUUAAACCCGAAAACAUUCUGUUGGAUGGUGACUUUAGCCCGAAGGUGGCCGAUUUUGGGCUGGCAAAACUGGUGGGCAGAGAUUUCAGCCGCGUACUGACGACCGCAAGAGGAACUCGAGGGUAUCUGGCUCCCGAGUGGGUAUCCGGCCUUCCUAUCACUCCCAAAGCAGAUGUAUUCAGUUUUGGCAUGACUUUGUUCGAAAUUAUAUCCGGCCGAAGAAAUCUUGACUUGAAUGUGGAGGAGAGUAGGAUCUACUUUCCUACUUGGAUGUCGUCUGGAAUUCAGAGAGGAAACAUUGUUGAGAAACAUGUGUCUCAACCUUGCAGUUUUUUUUUGGAAAAUUCCAGAAUUUGUUUGAGGUAGUUUUGCACAUGUUUAUGCAUUGGAAAAUGGUUAGUGAGUUGUUAAAAAUGAGUCUUGUCCAUAGUAGAAUAUAGGUGGGCCAUUUUUAGAGCCUUAAUGACUCAUUUUGUGACUUUUAAGAGGGUCUAAGCUAGGGGACAAAAUUAUGGACGGGAUUACUAUUUUAACCUGGUUGUUUUUCCAUUUUGGAAAUGUAAAUGUCAAA